AUGGUCGAGUCAACACAUCUAUACGACGUGCUCGGCGUGGCGCCGGACGCUUCAUCAGCCGACAUCAAAAAGGCCUACCGCAAACAGUCGCUCGCCAACCAUCCCGACAAGAACCCGGAGAUCGAUCCUGCAGUAGCUAACGAAAAGUUCGCCGAGAUCAAUCACGCCUACGAGACACUUGCUGAUCCAGACUCGCGCGCAGCCUAUGAUCGAUAUGGCGACGACGGUCCGGGCGGGCCAGGUGGAGCAGGUGGUAUGCCACCAGACAUGGACGACUUUUUGGCGAGCAUGUUCGGCGGAGGUAUGGGCAUGGGUGGAAUGCCAGGUAUGGGAGGUAUGCCGCGUGGUCGACGUCCUCGUCGUACAAAGGGCGAAGAUGCGGUCAUCGAGUACGCCGUCACCUUGGCAGAUCUGUACAAGGGCAAGACUGCCCACUUCAACCUCACCAAGAACGUCAUCUGCACACAGUGCCAGGGCUCUGGUGCCAAGCCAGGGCUUACCGAGAAGGAGUGCGUCAAAUGCUCCGGUAAAGGAUCACUGCUUCAGCAGCGAAGUAUGGGCAACGGAAUGAUCGCCCAGUCGUACGUCGAGUGCACAGAUUGCCACGGCGAGGGAAAGAAGGUGCGCGACAAGGACCGCUGCAAAAAGUGCAAGGGCGAAAAGACCACCAAGACGAAAGCAAAGCUCGACGUCGAGAUCGAAAGGGGCAUGAUCGACGGUCAGCGUAUUGUGUUCAAAGAAGCAGCGGACCAGGAGCCGGGCGUCAAAGCAGGCGAUAUCUUGAUCGAGCUGAAGAUGCAAAAGGACGAGGCAUUCGAGGUUAAAGGUCUCGAUCUUAUGACGACGGUCAGAUUGACGUUGGUCGAAGCGUUGCUCGGAUUCUCACGGACGGUGUUGACGCAUCUGGACGGUAGACACAUCAAAGUGACACGAUCAAAGAUCACAAGGCCAGGAGACGUGGACGUGAUCAAGGGCGAAGGAAUGCCACAGUAUCGCGAUCGCAACCAGACCAAAGGAGACCUUUACAUCCGAUGGGAGGUCGACUUCCCCACCGAUGCGCAACUCGCCUCCGACCCAGCCAUCCGACAAGCGCUGCAAUCUGCGCUACCGCCUGCCAGACCCGAUCUGGACACGACAUCGGAAACGAUCGAGGACCAGUGCGAGCCAGUCCCAGCGAAAGCAGAGCAGUUUGGAAGCAACCGUGCUCGUAUCCCGGGACAAGGACAGACGGACGAGGACGGAUGGGAGGACUACGACGACAUGGGCGGCGGUCAAGGUCCUGGAAUGCAGUGUGCUCCGCAGUAG